UUUAACCACGACGAUAGACAAUGGUUCGCGGACCCAAAAAGCAUUUAAAGCGUGUCGCUGCCCCUCACCACUGGCUUUUAGACAAGCUCUCUGGUACUUAUGCUCCCAAGCCUUCUGCUGGUCCUCACAAGGCUCGUGAAUGCCUUCCCUUGAUCGUCUUCUUGCGCAACCGUCUCAAGUAUGCCUUGAACGGUCGUGAGGUUAGAGCCAUUCUUAUGCAACGUUUGAUCAAGGUUGACGGAAAGGUUCGUACUGACAACACUUUCCCUACUGGUUUCAUGGACGUUAUCAGCAUCGAGAAGACUGGUGAACACUUCCGUCUUGUCUACGAUGUUAAGGGACGUUUCACUGUUCACCGCAUCACUGCUGAGGAAGCCAAGUACAAGCUUUGCAAGGUUAAGCGUGUCCAAUUGGGUGCCAAGGGUAUUCCCUUCAUCGUCACUCAUGACGGCCGUACCAUUCGUUACCCCGAUCCUUUGAUCAAGGUCAACGAUACCAUCAAGCUUAACUUGGAAACCAACAAGAUUGAAGGAUUCAUCAAGUUUGAUACUUCUGCCCAAGUCAUGGUCACCGGUGGCCGUAACAUGGGUCGUGUUGGUACCAUUAUUCACCGUGAACACCACCUUGGUUCCUUUGAAAUCAUUCACGUUAAGGAUGCUUUGGACCGUGAGUUCGCUACCCGUCUCUCCAACGUUUUCGUUAUCGGUGAGACCAACAAGAGCUGGAUCUCUUUGCCUAAGGGCAAGGGUGUCAAGCUCAGCAUCACUGAAGAGCGUGAUCGCAGACGUGCUCUCAAGGGACUGGCUUAAAAAAGGUUGGUAAUCGAUUCGUCUGUGCAACCAUAGAAGCCUACAUGUUAAAUUUUAUGGUUGUGUGCUAGUAACUAUUAUCUUCCUUUAUUUUGUUAACUGAUCUGCAACUUUAUGAUCUUGUCGUUCUGGGAAUUUAGUAUACAUUUUCGUUUUCCCACCUUUGGAUGUGUUUCUGAUGGGUGAUCAAUAAAUAAAACGGUUGUUACAUAAAUGAGAUACAUAAACUAUAGCACUGUAGGAUUGGAAUUUAUUAAAAAUAUACUUUUCAAUAUGGCAUAAAAACAAUUUUUGCUGGAAUUUGUUUUUCUUAAGCUUCACCUUUCACAUCGUUACAUUACGGU